AUGACUGCUGCAAUCUGUAUACUCACAUAUGGAAUUUCAGCUGAUCUUUGUAACGAGUAUAUAAAGAUUUUUGAGCGCAUUGUGAUUGAAAGCUUGAAGAGGUUUUGUGAUGCUAUAAUUGUUGUGUAUGCGGAGUUAUACCAACGUUCACCAAAUGUAGACGACAUUGCAUGUCUACUUCAAGAAGGGGAAGAGAGAGGAUUUCCAGGUAUGCUUGGCUCAAUAGAUUAUAUGCAUUGGGAAUGGAAAAACUGCCCUACAGCGUGGCAUGGCACGCAUACGGGAGUAAGCCAUGAACCUACCCUCAUAUUUAAGAUCGUUGCAUUGAAAGAUCUGUGGAUCUGGCGUGCUUUUUUUGGUAUGACUGGUUCACACAAUGGCUUGAAUGCUCUCGAUCAUUCCCCAGUUGUCAAGAGCAUGAUUAAUGGUACAAUGCCUCCGGUUAAUUACGUGGUGAAUGGGCAUCGGCGUACAAUGGGGUUUUACUUAUAUGAUGAUAUAUAUCCUAAGUGGGCAACUUUGAUACAGAUCAUCUCGCUCCCAACAACUGUCAAAGAGAAAUUAUUUACUAACAAACAAGAAGAUGUUAGGAAGGAUGUAGAACGAGUGUUCGGCGUGUUGUAG